AUGUCCUUCCUCGGCUUCGGCCGCUCCCAGCCCACCUCAGCCGAGAAGAUCGCGGCGGUAGAAAACGAGUACAAGGUGUUCGCCGAGAUGCACUCGCGCAUGGUCAAAGUCUGCACGGCCAAGUGCGUUGACCGCAGCUACCGCGAGGGCGACCUGUCCAAGGGCGAGGCCGUGUGCCUGGACCGGUGCUCGGCCAAGUUCUUUGAGGCGCACCAGACCAUUUCGGAGCAGCUGCAGAAGGAGGGCGCCGCGAGGGGGUUCGGUGGGGGGAUGUAA